GCUUUCACAAUGUGCAGGAGCUAGCUCCAGUGUUCCAACCUCUCUGACUAAAUAUAUAUGAUCUCUGCCAACCUUGCCAACCAGCAGAUGAGGGCACACAUCCAAAGCUAUACACUCCAUGGAAAUGUUGCCAAGCUUGUGUUUCAUAGGCCUAUGCACGCUACUGGUCGUUUGGUUUCUCAAGCUCUCCAGUGGCAAGAGCAAGCCGGCUGCGAAGCCUCAUCUGCCUCCGGGGCCAUGGACUCUCCCGAUUAUUGGCAGCCUCCACCAUGUUGCCAGCGUCCUCCCACACCGCAGUAUGAUGGAGCUAUCUCAUCGGUACGGGCCGCUGAUGCACCUCACGCUAGGUGAAGUACCCACCGUGAUAGUCUCCAGCGCUGAGGCAGCAACGCUGGUGAUGAAAACAAAGGACCCCGCGUUUGCGGAUCGGCCGAACCGCGUGACCCCGGACAUCAUCAGCUGUGGUGGCAAGGGCUUGGCCUUCGCCCCCUAUGGCGGCCACUGGCGCCAGAUGCGCAAGGUGUGCAUCGUGGAGCUCCUGAGCUCCAAACAGGUGAAGCGGAUGGAGGGCAUCAGGGCCAAGGAGGUGGCCAACCUCAUCCGCUCCAUGACCGCCUUGAAUGGUGCCACUGUCAAUAUCAGCGAGAAGAUGGCGACGCUCAGCAACAACAUCGUGUCGAGGGCGGUUUUCGGCGGCAAAUUCCCACAGCAGGAGGAGUACCUCCGCGAGCUGGACAAGAUUUCACAGCUUAUGGGUGGCUUCUGCCUGGUCGACCUCUUCCCGUCAUCACGGCUUGCCCGGUGGCUCAGCAGCGGUGAGCGCCUCAUGAAGAAGUCCCAGAGCCGCAUGCAGCACAUCAUGUCGAACAUCAUCGAGGGGCACAAGGCAGCGCGAGCUGCCAGCCAUGACGACGAUGAGGAUCUGCUGGACGUGCUGCUCAGGCUGCAGCGGGAUGACACGUUGGAAUUCCCUCUAACCACAGAGAGUAUAAACACCGUCUUGUUUGAUGUACUGUCAGCAGCUACGGAGACUACUGGAAAUGUUCUGGAGUGGGCAAUGUCAGAGCUCGUCCGUCAUCCUAAAAUCAUGAGUAAGGCACAACGAGAGAUCCGGAAGGUGCUAGGUCAAGAUCGAGCUAUCGUUGAUAAUAAUGACCUUCAUGAACUCCACUACAUGCGGACAGUCAUUAAAGAGGUUCUUAGGUUGCAUCCACCUGUUCCUUUACUCCCUCGCUCAGCCAUAGAGGACUGUAAAAUUAUGGAUUGUGACAUGGUUAAGGGCACAAAUGUAUACAUUAAUGUCUAUGCCGUUUCCAGAGAUCCAAGGUACUGGAAAAAUCCUGAAGAGUUUAAGCCCGAGAGAUUUGAGGAAAACAACAUGGAUUACAAUGGGACAUACACUGAAUACACUCCCUUCGGGGCUGGGCGACGGCAGUGUCCUGGGAUACUAUUUGGCACGUCGACUCUCAACAUCACAUUGGCAAACCUUCUGUAUCACUUUGACUGGAUUCUUCCUGAUGGGGUUAGUCUGUCUUCCUUGGACAUGUCUGAGAAAUUUGGGAUCACGGUUGGCAGAAGGUAUGACCUGCAACUCAGAGCUAUUCCACAUGUGUAGUUCAAAGCUACGAGAGCAUAUAUAUCUACAGGACAACGUAUAUUCAGAUAUAUGUCCCUUCAGUUUAUACCAUUAUUGUCUAGUACUUGUAUGCGUUAGAAUAAGGAAAAGCUCUGUGGUAUUGUUAUUGUACUUCUACUGUUCGUAUUGCUGUGCAUGACUACAAGAUAUUAAGCAGUACUGCACACGCAUAUAGAACAUGAUUGUGUAUUGCUGUAUAUGCUUAUCAACUUGUCAAUAUGUUUAUGAAGAUUCUAGUCUUUGCAUGAA